AGGAACUCUGUGCCUUGUACGUGAGAGAUGGCUGGGAAGGAAGAAAACCGGAUAUUCGUUGGAGGAUUGUCAUUUGACGUCACUGAGCGACAGCUCGAGAAUGCUUUCAGUCGUUUCGGGAAAAUUAUCGAGAGUCAGAUCUAGUGAUAUUAUUGCUGAAGCUCGAUGCCUUUUGUGUGCUUAGAUCAUAAUGAACAGUUAGUUUUGAAUUAUCCAAGAGAAGAACUACAGAUUGGUUCAGAAUAUGUGGAUUUUGGUUUGUGAAAGGCAUUUAAGGUUCGGCUGUCUGCUCAGAAGAGUUUGUAUUCAUGGAGCACUGCAGUUGGGUCCAGAAAAGAAACAAAAUUACCGAUAUGGAAGGGUUAUAAUGCUGUGGUUGAUUCAUCUAACAAGUUAUGUUUAUAUAGUAAACUUCUAGAGCUCUUUCUUUCUUGCCAAGUUCACUGUGUCAACCAGCUUCCAUCGAUCUGGAUUCAUGACUGAGUAACUGAGCAGCCCUAAUAGAUCAGUGUUUUAAUGUCUGAAAUGCCCAUGCAUUUGCUUGAAGAUUUGUUUCAGCUUUCCAAAUAAACUUUCGUUAUUCAAGUGGCUUUCCCAACUUCUACACUACUCUCGGACUACAUGUUUUUACGUGGAGUAUGUCAGAAACAGUCUUCUGCUCAUCCAUUCAUGCCAUUGGCGUUUAUGCUGAUGUGUUCGAUGGCGCCUUAUGACAACAUGUUCCCAACUCCAGAGAAUCUAGAGAAUUAUCUGGUGCUGCUAAAUAUCUUUGUGUUUACGCAGUGAAGUUUAAUGGAAGAUGUUACAUCAUUCUACCAUCAGGAAUGUUAUGUGCUGAAUUGUUCAUCUUAGAGUUUGCAUAAGAACUUUGAUUAGUAUGUUGUGUUCCGUGAGUUUAGAUUAUGGUCAGUGCGUUUGGGAUAGUCCAAAGCAAGUACCAGAUACGUCAUUCAUGUGCAGCAGCAGUAACUUGGAGUGAAAACAAGAUACUCUGUCUGAUGAUCUUUGAGAUACCAUAUUCUUGGAGAUCUUGUAUAUCAGUAUAUGAGCUGAUUUGCACUUCUUGAUGAUUGGUCUUUUAGUAACAAGGUAGUAAUGCCUAACAUACCUGCUGAAGGGAUCAGGAGAUAAAAAUUAUAUUGUAGCUUUCAGUUAUUGGUUUGGUUAUGACUGUUGGGCAAUUUUUCCGGUUUAGCAUUCUAAACUUGUCAUGGUAGUUCCAGUCUAUCAGAUUAUUUCCUUUCUGGCCACCCUGUUUUCCAUCUUUGUACUUUGGAAGUAUAGGCUACGCAGUUGUUGGAUCUUCAUGGUUCCUCAACACUCAUGCUCUUUAGACGCCUCGGUGACCAAUACACUGAAUUUACCUCUUUGAUUUGCUGAAAGUUUCAAAACUGCAUUCUGUAUUGCUGAACCUGGAUUUGGUGGAGCAAACAAUGAUACUGAAUUUGUUACUUCUGAUUUGCUAGCAGUUACAUCAUUGACUUAAUGUUUGACAUGAAUAGUUAAGGAGGUGAUUUCUUUUUGGUGUUCAGGAUCACUGAAUCUUAUUUAUCAGGGUUCUCGAUGUUUGUACCUGGUAUAUCCGCUGUCCUUUCUUCUCUUAACCGGUCAUCUAUUCCCUCGACUAUGUGAUAAUAAUCUACAAUUUUGUGAUAAUAAAAACUGGAGUAAAUGGGAAUUCUGGUGUUUGGAAUAAUUCGUGGUUGUUGGGCUAAAAAUUUUGUUUUGCAUCAAAAUAAUGGUUAGGAGGUGCUCUUGACUUUCAUCUACUCGUCGUGGUGAAUGCAUAAGCACGGUGGUUUCCUACUUGCAUUUCUGAUUGCUUCUCAGUCAGCAAGUCAGCCUCUGACUGGAUCUAUCAAACCUGAAGACGGAACCAAAAUGAUAACUGUACCAACAAAGAAGUAUUUGGGGUCGCCUAGUUUUGUAUUUUAGAUUGUUAAAUGUUGGAUCACACUUCGCAGAAGGAUUGAUCAUAGUAAGUUAUGUUUAUUUUCAAAUUUUUGUAUCUCCCUGUCAAGUGACUUUUGUUUGGACUGGGGGCUGAUAAAUUGUUAUCGGGUUUUUCUUCGGAGUUGAUAUGUUGUCAAGGGUGCUAUAAGCAUGAAUAAAAUGACCAGUCUAAGUACGAUUUAUUUUGCUGGGAAAAAUUGUUGCAAGAGCAUGGCAGGAAUAUAACAGUUUAUCGGAAUAUCAGUUGUGAAUCGAGGUCUUUGGUCACUUAUUAAUGUGAUGAAUGAUAGAGUUUUGCGGAUUCUUCUGUUUUUUCUAUGAACUCCUUGAGCUAUCAAGCACAUUGAAUGGCUUUAUCUCGUGUAACAAAGAAAAUAUCAUGCUGGAAAGAGACACAGGCCGUCCUCGUGGAUUUGGGUUUAUUACAUUUGCAGAUCGUCGGGGGAUGGAAGAUGCCAUAGCGGAGAUGCAUGGACGUGAGUUUGGUGAUCGUACCAUCUCAGUAAACAAGGCCCAACCAAAAAUGGGGGGCGAUGAUGCAGAUUAUGGCUAUAGGGGAGGAAGCUAUCCAUCAGGUGGCAGGGGAAGCUAUGGGGGACGUGACAGACCUGUGGGACAAGAUGAAUGUUUCAAGUGCGGAAGGUCCGGGCAUUGGGCCAGAGAUUGCCCUUCAGCUGGUGGUGGCAGCCGAGCUGGAGGUGGAGGGUCAUUUUCUUCACAUUCUAGAUUUGAAGGAGCAGGUAGCCGUGGCAAUCGCUUUGGAGAUCGUGAUCGUUAUGUUGAUGACCGUUAUGAUGGAGGACGCUAUGGAGAUAGGGACCGGGACCGCCUUAAUGGCAGAGAUAAAUUUGGAGUCCGUGAUCGCUAUGCUGGUGACAGGUACCCACCUGCUGGAGAUCGUUUUGCCGAUCGCUUUGCAGGUGAUAGGUAUGGUGGGUCAGAUCGUUACCCUCUAAAUGGUUAUCCCAAGGACAGAGUCUAUGACAGGGAUGGUGGCCCACGAGGAGGUGGUGAUAGGUAUGGAGCUGGGGGGCCUGCCCGGACUGAAGGAAGGAAUUACAGGAAUCGUCCAGCUCCAGUUCCAGCUCCAUAUGACCGACCUAGCAGGGGUGGUCGCCCAUCUUCCUUUGAGCGCUACUAAGCCCUAGAUGGUGGAUAAGUAACCGGAAUUCAUUAGGUGUUUUAGCACAAGUCUUAGUACUUGGGUUUUUGGCUAGAUCAUUUUGCAGGACUCAAAAAUUAUCAUCACUCUAUUCGUUUUAUUUUGGAAAAUUGCAUAUAGACAGUACAGCUGCUAUGAACAGGAUGUUAAUGGUCGCAAGCAUGAUUUAGUUAUUUCUUGUUUUUAUUUGUCUGA